CUCACCACCGACAUCCACCUUUGCAACACUUCCACCACACUCGCGCACCACACAAUCAUCCCAUACAUCACACAACACACUCACAACACCCCGCACAACCGCAAUCAUGCAGAUCUUCGUCAAGACCUUGACUGGAAAGACCAUCACCCUCGAGGUUGAGUCCUCGGAUACCAUCGACAAUGUGAAGAGCAAGAUCCAGGAUAAGGAGGGCAUUCCUCCAGACCAGCAGCGCCUCAUCUUCGCCGGAAAGCAGCUUGAGGAUGGGCGUACCCUCAGCGACUACAACAUCCAGAAGGAGUCCACUCUCCACUUGGUGCUCCGCCUCCGUGGUGGUAUGCAGAUCUUCGUCAAGACCCUCACCGGCAAGACGAUCACCUUGGAGGUGGAGUCGUCUGACACCAUCGACAACGUCAAGUCGAAGAUCCAGGACAAGGAGGGCAUUCCCCCGGACCAGCAGCGAUUGAUUUUCGCCGGCAAGCAACUCGAGGAUGGCCGCACCCUGUCAGACUACAACAUCCAGAAGGAGUCGACGCUCCAUCUCGUCCUCCGCCUUCGUGGUGGUAUGCAAAUCUUCGUCAAGACACUCACCGGCAAGACUAUCACACUCGAAGUGGAGUCAUCCGACACAAUCGACAACGUGAAGUCGAAGAUCCAAGACAAGGAGGGUAUCCCACCGGAUCAACAGCGCCUCAUCUUCGCCGGCAAGCAGCUUGAGGACGGCCGGACACUUUCUGAUUACAACAUUCAGAAGGAGAGCACCCUGCACUUGGUGCUCCGUCUGCGUGGAGGACAGUAGAUCAUGCGAACAAAAGCGUGAUUGAGAAGGGAAAGGUGUUUUGGUUUUGCGAUUAUCAUCAGGUUUACGAAUCACGAGCGAAGGUCAGCGAAAGAGCUGAUCUGAGGAUGCAAAGGAGUGCAUAGAUGUGACGAAUUCCAGCGGCCUCGCGCCUUGAGCUGUG